UGGCGUCCAUAUAUACUAGUACAUGGAGCCGGAGGCCAACUACUGUACGCUACAACAUCAAGCUCUGCCGCCCAAGCCUGAGACCUCCAUGGAAUCCGUUGCCGUCGUAGCGGUGCCGUUCCCGGCGCAGGGCCACCUCAACGGGAUGCUGCACCUGUCGCUGCAGCUCGCGUCGCGGGGGCUCCCCGUGCACUUCGCGGCGCCGGGGGCGCACGUCCGCCAAGCGCGCGCGCGCGUGCACGGCUGGGGCGACGACGCCCUCCGCCGCGUCCGCUUCCACGAGCUCGAGGUCCCCGUCCCCGCGUACGCCUCCCCGCCGCCGGACCCGGCCGCGCCCUCGCCGUUCCCGUCCCACCUCAUCCCCAUGUGCGACGCCUUCGUCGCGGGCGCGCGCGGCCCGGUCGCCAGCCUCCUCGCGAGCCUCUCCACGCGCUCCCGCCGCGUCAUCGUCCUGUACGACCGCCUCAGCUCCUUCGCCGCGCCCGAGGCGGCGCGGAUAUUCCCCAACGCCGAGGCGUACUGCCUGCAGUGCGUCUCCGCGUCCUACGACGCCGCGUGGACGGACGCCGGGCAGCGGCUCCUGCGCGCGCGCGGGCUCGACGACGCGCCGCCACCGGCCGCGUGCAUGCCGAGGGAGUUCCUCGAGUUCAUCGUUAGGACCAAGGGUGACGGCCAGAGCCCGGCCUUCGCCGGAGUAGUCAUGAACACAAGCCGUGCCAUCGAGGGCGACGAGUUCAUCGACGCGGUGGCUGGUGACCCGGAGUACCGGGGGAAGAGGGUAUUUGCGGUUGGGCCGAUGAACCCGCUUCUCGACGCGGCCACAUGCACAGCGGAAGGGCAACAGACGCGGCCCGAGUGCCUCAACUGGCUCGACAAGCAGCCAAAGGCGUCGGUGCUGUACGUGUCGUUCGGCACGACGUCGUCGUUGAUGGCGGAGCAGGUCGCGGAGCUUGCCGCGGCGUUGCGUGACAGUAAGCAGCGGUUCGUGUGGGUUCUGCGUGACGCGGAUCGCGGCGUGGUGCACGAGGAGGAAGCUAUGGAGAGCCGGCACGCUAAGUUCCUGUCCGAGUUCACCGAGCAAACCCAAGGCAUUGGGCUGGUGAUCACCACAUGGGCGCCGCAGCUUGAGAUCCUAGCGCACGGCGCCACUGCGGCGUUCAUGAGCCACUGUGGCUGGAACUCGGCCAUGGAGAGCCUGAGCCACGGCAAGCCGAUGCUCGCCUGGCCCAUGCACUCCGACCAGCCGUUGGUGGCUGAGCUUGUGUGCAAGUACCUCAAGGCUGGAAUCCUGGUGAGGGCAUGGGAGCAGCACAACGCAGUCACACCUGCAGAGGUCAUCCGCGAGGUGAUUGAGAUGGCGAUGGUACAUGAUGAAGGCUUGGCGGUGCGAAAGAAGGCCAACACACUCCGCGAGUCCAUCCGUGCCUCCAUUGCCGAGGGCGGUUCAUCACGGAAGGACCUCGAUGACUUCAUUGAUUACAUAACCAGAUGAAUCGUGUUUUCGUUUCUUCUUAACAGCUUGAUUUGAGUUUUCAUGGUGAAUUGAUGGUUCGAGGGACAGUGAUGGAUCAAAAGAACUAGGCAUUAUGAGUAGGGGGUCGGAAUCGAUUUAUUGUGAUAUAGACCGUGGAGAAAAUUCGAGAUUUGUGUAUGCCAAAAAUUUUACU